AGCAAGCCACUGUGUGGCGGUGUGUGGCAAGGGCAUCGAGCAAGAGGCUAUGGAGAUUGCGAAGAAGCUGUAGAGAUACAUUUUUUUACAAGCGGAGGAAGAUUGUGGAAUCAUUCCGAUCACGAGCCACAGAUAUUUGUGGAAGGAUAUUCUCGUGGGCAUGAAAUUAGCGGAGUAAAUAUUUUCCUGAAUAGAUAUUGACAAUGAUUCCUCUCAAAGUCAAAAGUUACGUAUAGUUACGUAAGAUCAAAGCUGCAAUAGUUUGUAUAGAAGUGAUUCAUUGGGCGAGGAAGUUUCGACUCCUAGGAGCAUGGGAAUCACUAUAGCGAUCCUCGUGUGCUUGCUCGCGACCGCGGCGAUCAUCAAGUCACUGCGCGCAAGGAGAUCGUCCAGACUCCCGCCCGGUCCAAUCUCCUUCCCGGUGGUGGGAUCUUUGCUCUCGCUCCGCCAGCCCCUCCACCGCCACUUCGCGCGCCUGGCCGAUCGCUACGGCCCCAUCGUCUUCCUCAAGAUCGGCAUGGUUCCAUACGUUAUCGCCAACACCGCUCGCGCCGCCGAGUUCUUCCUCAAGAUCCACGACGCCGAGUUCGCCAAUCGCCCCCAGUCGGAGGAGUUCUUCCGGAUCUUCAGCUUCGGCUGGAGCGACCUGGCCUUCCGCUCACCGGGGCCCGAGUGGAAGCUCAUGCGCAAGAUCUGCGCCACGAACCUCUUCAGCAACGCUAUGCUCGCCACCAGCGCCCCCUACCGGCGAUCGCAGCUCCAGUCCGCCAUGGACGCCAUCCUCGAUCGAUCACGGGGCGGCGAGCCCGUGAACUUGCGGACCCUCUUCGCCCGAUACACGUCGGGGUCGCUGUGCCUGACGCUCUUCAGCGAGGAGUGUCCCGAGGUGGUGGAGACGAUCAACAACAUGGCCGGGCAGGCGAUCAACCUCAACAUCGGCGAGAUCAUCCCGUCGCUCGACUGGAUGGAUCUCCACGGCGUGUACGCCAAGAUGAGGGGCGAGAUCAUGCCCCGGAUCAAGGCGCUGCUCGACGAUCAAGUCCGGGAGCACCAGGAGCGCAAGAAGGCGGCGGGCGAUGGGUUUGUCUGCCGCGACUUUGUGGACGUUCUCAUCUCCCUGGACGAGAGUGACAAGCUCUCGGACCAAGAGAUCAUCGGCCUCCUGUGUGAUAUGGUGGGUGCCGGAUUCAAAACCUCCAUGGAGUCGAUCGAGUGGUGCAUGGCAGAAGUGAUCAGUAAACCCGAGAUCAUGCGCAAGGCCCAAGAAGAACUGGAUCAAAUCAUCGGGAGGGAGCGCGCGGUGGAAGAACACGAUCUUCAAAACCUUCCAUUCAUCCAGGCGAUCCUCAAGGAGGCCCUCCGCCUCCACCCGGCGGUGCCCCUGGGAAUGCCCCACUACAACCUCCGCCCCGUGGAGCUCGGCGAUGGCCAUGGCACCAUAAUCCCCGCCAAAUGCAAACUCCUCGUCAAUCUCUGGGCGGCGAACCGCGAUCCAGCGCACUGGACAAGCCCCCACGAAUUCCAGCCCGAGCGAUUCCUGGGGACCAACAUCUCGCCCGGGGGGCAGCACUUCCAGAUCAUCCCAUUCUCCGCCGGGAGGAGGAUGUGCGCCGGCUAUGGCCUUGCCAUGCGCUCCCUCUUCUUCCUCCUCGCCAGCCUGCUACACGGAUUCAUCUGGAGCGAGAUCUCGGACAAUCCCAUCGCACUGGAGGAAUCGAUCGGAACCAUUUCGUGCCCACCUGCGAAGGACCUGAUCGUCGCGGCGUCGCCCAGGAUCGAGGAGCGAAUUCUCGCUCAGUACUAAGAACCCUAAUCUGGCAAGAGAAUAUUCUGGCAAAAGCAAUGUGUUUGUAAUGGAUAUUCUAGUGAAGGGGUUUAUCGGGGGUUUGAUCCAAAUGCUCUCGAAUCAAUGUCCGGUGCUCUGCGAAGAUCAGCUCCUCCAUUCUCAGCGGUGAGAUUUCCUGGAGAACUUC